UCAAAGCUGCAAGCGAAUUUACUUUUCCUUUUUCUUAAAUACUUUGUGAGGAGAUGUCAGGAAGAGGGAAAGGAGGAAAAGGAUUGGGAAAGGGAGGAGCCAAGAGGCACAGGAAGGUGCUUAGGGAUAACAUCCAAGGUAUCACCAAGCCUGCUAUUCGUCGUCUUGCUCGUCGAGGUGGCGUCAAGCGUAUUAGCGGUUUGAUCUACGAGGAGACCAGAGGAGUCCUCAAGAUCUUCCUCGAGAAUGUCAUCCGCGACGCUGUCACCUACACUGAGCACGCGAGGAGGAAGACUGUUACUGCUAUGGAUGUGGUUUAUGCUUUGAAGAGGCAAGGACGUACUCUCUACGGUUUCGGCGGUUAAAUCGACGGAGAUUGGAUUAAGGGUUUGGGAAGUUUGGGGAUCUGAAUUUGGGAAUUUUUUUUUUGGUUUCUGAUUAGCCGAAGUAAAUCCACGACUGUUGUAUCGUUUUCUGAUGUGUUGUUGUUAGCCAAUAUUAUGUUAAAUUAAUGUUAAUCAAAAGUUGUGCUG